GUAAUUUGGUAACAUCAUCGUUUUCGGCGAAAGAUAGUUAUAAAUAUAUGGAUCUUAAAAAAAUCGCCGGAAAUAACAUCAUUCAGUUCAGUUUGGGAACAAAUACUUCGUUAAAGGAUUAAUUUAUCAAUGGAUGGGGAAAAGGUUCCGAAGUUUUCAACGCCGAAUGAAGAAAUUGCAUUCUGGAGAAGCAAGGCGAGAGAAUAUCGAACAAGCCUUGAAGAAGCCAGAGAGGAGCUUGAGGAAUUUCAAAUUGGUAGUCGAGAAUUAGAAUCAGAAUUAGAUGCUCAGUUACAGCAAGCAGAACAUAAAACAAAUGAACUUCAAGCUGUUAAUCAAAGGUUACAAAUGGAAUGUGAAUCAUUAAAGGAAAAGCUUGAAUAUUCCCAAAAAGAUAACCAUGCACAGAUAACCAGGUUACAAGAUAAAUUAGCAGAGGCAACAGCUAUCAAAGAAGAAUAUCAUAAAUACAUCAGAGAAUUAGAACAAGCAAACGAUGACUUAGAAAGGGCAAAAAGAGCAACAGUUGUUUCCCUAGAAGAUUUUGAAGCAAGGUUAAAUCAGGCAAUUGAAAGAAAUGCAUUUUUAGAAAAUGAGUUAGAUGAUAAAGAAACAUUACAGAUUACAAUACAAAGGCUUAAAGAUGAAGCAAGAGAUUUAAGACAAGAAAUAGCAGUCCAAGAACAGAAAGAUAUUCACCAUAUGCCACCAGAGACUCCAGAUAAUGAAAGAACUGAAGCAGUACAUGCAGCUGCUAUUGCUGCACAUCAAACAUUACCAAACAACAGAAAUAUAGGAAUGCCUACAAAUGUAACCCCAAUGGGAACACCACCGAGAGUGGGAUCUCCUCUCGUGAAUGGGGCACCAGGGAAUACACCAUUAACACCAUCUGCAAGGAUAUCCGCUCUCAAUAUCGUAGGAGACUUACUAAGAAAAGUUGGAGCGUUGGAAUCCAAACUUGCUUCCUGCAGAAAUUUUGUGAAAGAACAGCCUAGAAAACAGUCAAGUCCAACAGAAUCACCUAGGCCCAAAAGAGUGAACAGAACUGGAGCUGCAUUGACUGCAGCAGGAAAUGCACCUGGACUUGUUAAAAUUACUGUCUGAAAAUUACAAUGCCUUUUUCUCAGUUUCAAAUUGCAAUUAAUAAUUUUUCUUUUUAUAUAAAAUGACUGUUUCAUUAAAUGUAAUAUUAUGGAUAUUUUGCAUGCAAUUUACAAACAUACCCACAGUAAGUAAAAACUCUUUUGAAAACAAGAUCUUUUUCUUGUGAUAUUUAUUUUUAAAAAAAUAUUGAAACUAAAAAAAUUAGUUGAAUUUACAGUCACUGCCAUGGUGUAUAUUCAUCAGUGUAUUAUGACGUUUUACUCUACUGCAGUCAC